AUGGCGGAUGUGGAAUCACUAGAAGGUACUUACAAAAUGAUUAAAGCGUCAUUUGAUGCAAGUCACAAAUUCAUAGCAGAAUUCCGUGAGGGUGAUAAUAUUAAGGCACUUUCAGUUCGAAAGCAGAAACUUGUGGAACGAUGCCAUAGUUGGGAUGAGACAUAUGUACAGCUUGAUAGCAUUUCCCCAGGUGUGUACACUACAGAAUAUUCAAGGUUCUCUGAUUUAUAUUUCGAUAUGAUGGCGGAUAUUGAAACUAUUAUUGACCGCCAUCCAAAACCGGCUAUAAAAUCAUCUAACACUUCGAUAGAUGUGAAAUUGCCAGACAUUGUGUUACCUAAAUUCAAUGGGGAAUAUAGUGAAUGGACAGCAUUUAUUGACAUUUUUAAUUCGCUGAUCCACGACAAUUCAAAGCUUUCGCCUGUACAAAAGUUGCACUAUUUGAAAGGUGCUCUCACUUCGUCGGCAUUUGAACUAAUUUCUACAAUAAGUAUCACGAACGAAAACUAUGAAAUAGCUUAUAAUUUAGUUGUGAAAACUUUCAGGAAUAAAUUCUUGAUCGUCAAUACUCAUUUGCAGAGCAUUGAAAAUAUUCGAAGUAUUCACAAAGGCCCCUUUGAAAAUUUGAGAGCCCUUUUAAAUGGUGCAAGGCAACAGGUGCAAUCUUUAAAAGCUUUCUUUGAACCCGCAGAGCAUUGGAACAUUGUCUUGCUGCAUAUGUUGAGCAGAAAGAAAAGUAUUACGAAGGUGGCUUGA